AAAAAUGAUAUAUUCAUUUAAAGUAAUUUCAUAGAAUACUAUUGAACAAUUUUUGUAGUAAAAAUGUGUUUAAAAAGUUUGCGAAGAAAGUUUCUAAAAGUUUUUAGUUUGACGAUUAUUUUAAUUAAAAAUGUUUGAAGUUCUGUAUUCAAAAUUGUGUUGCGAAGAUAAAUAACCAAUUCAUAUGUUUUCAAUCUCUUAUAAAAAUAUCGGGUAAGAAUAUUACGUUUUAGGGAAAAGGAGGAAAAUAAGGUUUUAUUCGCUGCCUCCAAUUGCGGUGCAAGGGAUUUUGAAGAGACUAUUCAAACAAUAAGAUCUCCUGCCUCUUAGAGCCUUAGAGGUCAACAAGUGUGGUGAUAAUAGUUGUGAUAAAGGAUUAUUUUGUGGUGUAAAAGUAUUCUAACUCUUAAAGAGUGAACUAAGAAUAGGGUGUUAACAUCAAGGUACCUUAUAUAAACACAAAUUAUUUUCCUCAAUAUAGUAUUUUUUUUGUGCCAGUGAAAAAGCUGUGUCUUGAAAUGACUAAGAUUGUGAAGUGUAAAUGAAAUAUGGACUCCGAAAUCGAUAUUCAAUUGUUCAUAAACUGCACCCAGCAGAUACUGGGUCGGCAGAAGUCAUGGGAUCAGCUGAACGUCACCCAGAUAUUGGACUUGCUACCUAAUAGGAUCUUAGAGGAUAUCAACCUCAAAAUAACCCUUGGAAAUUGUAUGGGCUUGGGCGAGAGGCCGUUCAGUCCACCAUGGUGGGGUCAGCUCGCAUGGUUCAUGGUGUUCGCUGUGAUGUUGCUCCUUGCUGUACUGGGAAACACUCUCGUCAUAUGGAUUGUUCUAGCCCAUCGAAGGAUGAGAACGGUUACGAACUGUUUUCUGGUGAAUCUUGCGGUGGCAGAUCUGCUAAUGGCGACGUUGAAUGGUGCCCCAAACUUCAUAUUCCUUGUGACUGCCGACUGGCCUUUCGGAGCCGUGACCUGUACUGCAAGCAACUUUACUGCGAACCUCACUGUGUCUGCUGGAGUGUUCACUUUAGUCGCCAUCACUGUUGAUAGGUAAGUGUUCAAUUGUUUAUGUAUAUAAGUUACAUGUGCAGUUUUUCCUGUCUUUCCCGUACGUUUAGAAAACAUUCCAUCUCAAUUCUAUCGAAAUAAAGUCAAAGAGUUCUUUUAAUAAUUCUUAAAGUUUGAGAGAAUUAUAUUGAGGUGAGUGACGUUCUUCAAUAUCUUGACUGGACAGCUUAAGGCGACAUACUGGCGAUAUACGUCUCUUUCUUUUGUGACUUUCACUACGGCUCCUGAAGUUUGACCGAUUACAAAGAGUGAGUCGACCUGCUAUAGUUGAUAGACGCAUAUACAAUGACUCGUCGUAUAUUAGAAAGUUUAUCAAGCUAUUGAAAACGAUUUUCAAAAUGUUUACAGCCAGUGUUACUGAAAUAUUGUAUUACCUACCAAAAUAGGUUUCGAAUCAGUGUCAGAUUGGCAAU